CUUCAGCCUCCCUUCCUCAGACCUGACAAUACCAGAGCCACUAGCACACCUGGACCAUGGACCCUGGGGAUUGCACCUGUAUGUCUGGAGGGAUCUGUAUCUGCGGAGACAACUGCAAAUGUACAACUUGUAACUGUAAAACAUGUCGCAAAAGCUGCUGUCCCUGCUGUCCCCCAGGCUGUGCCAAAUGUGCCCGGGGCUGCAUUUGCAAAGGAGGCUCAGACAAGUGCAGCUGCUGUGCCUGAAACCCACCCACGAUGCCGGGAGAGACCGUGGGAAAGAGUCUGUACAGUGUAUAAGUCAAGAAGUUGAAAGGAUUGUACAAUAAAUUGUGCUUUUUAUAUAUUUGCCCAAAUGUGGUGUUGGUGACAUUUGUGUAAAGUGCUUGAAGCAAUAA